AUCAGCUGUGUCCAAUCAGAGCUGAUAUCAUGGGACAUGUACACUGAUCAUCAGGGCACUGAUGAUCAGUGCGGCCCCAGAAGUGCCACCUGUCAGUGUCCAUAAGUGCCAGCAGUCAGUGCUCAUCAAUGCCACGUGCCAGUGCCCAUCAGUGCCACGUCAAUGCCACAUAUCAGUGCAUACCAGUGCACAUCAAUGCCACAUAUCAGUGCCCAUCUGAGCUGCCUUUCAAUGUCACCCAUCAGUGCCAGUCAGUGCCACCUAUCAAUGCCAACCAGUGCUACCUAUCAGUGCUGCCAAUCAGUGCCACCUAUCAGUGCCAGUCAGUGUUGCCUAUCAGUGCGCAUCAGUGCCGCCUAUCA